GUGUCCUCAGGCGGCCCUGGCCACGGCUUGGGCGGGAGGGGAAGAGCGACCCGCGGGCGCGCACGUAAUGGCUGUCCGCCUCUCCUCAGUCAGCCCGCGGCUAGGCGGGACCCGCGGGAACCUGACCCGGCUCCGGGCACCGUCAGUGCCCCCGCGCGGGGCGGGCGGGCCCGUUACAGCGUCCUGGAGCUGGGAGCCAGCGACGUGAGAGCGAGGUUAAAGUUUUUUAAAUCAGUGCCGAGCGCUGCAUGGAAGGAGUCUUGAGUCCAUGUCCGCGCUCGGAAGUGACGGGAGGGGGGCCGCUGCCGCCUCCUGCCGCUAGGGAAACAUUAACUCGGAGUUCUGCUGUCACUCGGGGAUAAAGCAGGUACAAAGUACCUUGCAGAAAACAGCUUAAGACUAAAUAGGCGCAAACAACAAUGCAAAUUCCAAUUUUUACGGUUGAUGCAUUUACAAACCGGCCAUUUUCUGGAAAUCCUGCGACAGUUUGUCUGCUUGAAAAUGACUUGGUUGAAAAUUUGCACCAAAAAAUUGCAACAGAAAUGAACCUGUCAGAAACUGCUUUCAUCAGAAAACUGCACCCUGGAGAUGACUUUACCAAAAGUUCCUGCUUUGGGCUCAGAUGGUUCACCCCAGCCAAUGAAGUUCCUCUUUGUGGUCAUGCUACACUUGCAGCAGCUGCUGUAUUGUUUCAUGUACAAAAAAACAUAAAUUCAGUUCUCACGUUCAUGACGCUGAGUGGGGAAUUAAAAGCCAGACAAGUGGAGGAUCAUAUUGUCCUGGACUUGCCACUUUACUUCACCUACCCACAGGUACUUCAGGAAGUAGAAGAGUUAAUAAAGGCAGCCGUUGGCGACAUGGUUGUUCAAGAUCUCCGUUAUUCUCCUGACACAAAGAAACUCUUAGUCCGCCUCAGUGAUGCUUAUGAAAGGUCUGUGUUGGAAGAACUGCAAGUGAACGCACAAAGUUUUUUGUCAGCUGAAAAAACAGGAAAGGUGAAAGGACUCAUACUCACCCUUAAGGGAAAUUCCAGUGGAAAACAUAAAGGCCAUGAUUUCUACUCCAGAUACUUUGCACCUUGGUAUGGAGUUCUGGAAGACCCUGUUACAGGAUCUGCUCAUGCUGUUCUAAGCAGCUACUGGUCAGAGCAGCUGGGGAAGAAAGAAAUGCUUGCUUUUCAGUGUUCCCGCCGUGGAGGAGAGUUGAAGAUUUCGCUGCGUAAUGAUGGAAGAGUUGAUAUUGCGGGGCAAAUGGCUAUUGUAUUAAAAGGAAACCUGACUUUCUGAAGAAAUCGACACUAAUUUCCCACACCUUCAAAUUUCUGAUAUUAUGCUGAUUAUAUCUUAGCUCUAGGCAGUGAAUCACCACUGUCCUCAAAAGUCUUUGAUUACUUAUUGUCCAUUUUUUAAAAAAAUGCUUGAAUAUGCUCACUUCUAAUCUUCAAUAUCCUUGAUAUUAUUUUCUUCACUUUCAUCUUGCCACUUCAUAUGUACACUGACCUCAGAAAAUGUCUGAGGACAGCUAUCUUGUUUUUCUGCUGUUUAAUGAUUCUGUUCCUUAUUUCCAAAUUGUAAACCUUUCUGAUGGAUAAAAUAAUCAAACUUUAUCCAUAUUCAGUCAUCUUUCGUGAAAUCUGACUACAGUCCU